CGCCUCGACUCGGCGGCGUCGAGACACACGACGACGUCAAAAGCCGACCAACAAGACAACCCCGAGCCUCUCUCCGCAGCCGACAGUCGACGACCUCGUCACCGGCGGAGGCGAGAAUGAGCGCGAGGUAGCCAACCUCCCCCCGCCCGACCGCGGUCGCGCGGCGUGGACGAUCCUCGCGGCUGUCACGGUCAUCGAGCUGAUCGUCUGGGGCCUGCCGUACUCCAUCGGCAUUCUGCACAAGUACUGGGUGCACGACAUGUUCCCCCACAGCGAGAGCACCGUCACCUUGGCGAGCAAUUUACAAAAUGGCAUGCUGCUUGUCGGCGUGGGAUUGUGCGGGCCUCUCUUCGCUGCCAUGUCCCCCAAGCUCGUCUUGCCGGUGCAGCUUUUCGGCCUGGUAUGCGGUACGCUCGCCUUCAUCCUCACGGCGUUUGUGACGAGCGCCUGGCAACUCGUCAUUACCCUCGGCAUUCUGUACCCGCUCUCAUCUCUGCUCUUCUUCCCCUGCAUCCCGAUCCUGUACGACUGGUUCGUCGAGCGCCGUGGCCUCGCGUCCGGCAUCAUGUUUGGUGGCGCAGCUGUCGGCGGCACAAUCUUCCCACUCAUGACGGCCAAGCUGCUGGACGCGGUCAAGUACAAGCCGACGCUGUACACCAUCGCGGCCAUGUUCGGCUCGUGCAACGGCGUUGCGAUGAUCUUCUUGCGGCGCCGAGUGCCCAUCGCGCCCGUCGCGCCGGGACGCCGCGUCCGCCCGCCCAUCAACUUUGCCUUCCUCAAGCGCCGUGGAUUCUGGGAGAUGGUCACCUUUGUUGCUAUCACGUCAUUGGGCAGCUUUAUCCCCUCCGUCUGGCUCCCAACCUUCGCGGACGCCGUUGGACCCACGCACCCAGGCGGCACAGGCCUCGUUGCCAUCAUGUACGCCUCGUCUUCGUUCGGCAACCCCAUGGUCGGCUUCCUGGCUGAUCGCUUCCCCGUCGGGUUCGUCGUCACCGGCAUGUGCACGGCAGCGGCGCUGGCGGCCUGGCUGCUCUGGGGCCUAGGCACAAACAGCGCACUUCUGGUCCUGUUCUCCAUGGUAUGGGGCAUGCUUGCCCUGCCUCUAGCCGCGACCUGGAGCCAGAUGAUCAGCUACGUUGCGAGGGAUGACCCCGCGCUGCCGAUGUUGCUGUUCAGCAUCUGCGCCUUUGUCCGAGGAAGCAUCAACUUUGCGUCAGGCCCGAUCUCAACUGCUCUGCUCAAGAGCGGCGUGCUGCGGGGCGCGGCUGGGGCAUACGGUACGACCAACUACGGCGCGCUCCUCCUCUUCACUGGUGCAGUCACGUUUGUUGGCGGGCUCGCAGCCGCAUUCUUCCCUCGACGAUAGAGACUCACACGCAUGGUCAUCACUGCAUACAAGACUCCUUGAGGCUCGGCUCGCCUACGCCGACCACCUCGUGCCUCGGCAUGGCUCUCGUCGGCUGCUGGUGUCAUGGUGGUCUCCUCGGCAGCUGCGCGACAACGGCUGACGAGCUGUCCGCCGACACUCGGCCUGGCGUGACCUUCCUUGGUGCUGUUGAUCCCCGAGGACAUUGCGUACUGCAGCAAGCACCUCACCUCGGC